AUGACGUAUCCUUCGGAUCCCCGCCGUGUCGUCGUGUUUCCCCAACAACAACAAGCUCAAGCUCAAGCACAAGCAUAUGCUCAACAGCGACACCGAGCGUCGCAGUACACAAGGAUGGCGGCGAUAGACGAGUACGACCUGCCUCCCCGGCCGACAAGACAGCACAAGAUAUCGCAUAGAGGGGCCAGCGGGUUAUUCGAUGACAUAGACGAAAGGAGUUACCGCAACGCUCACGAGAUGCAUCAAGUACAGAGGCCACAAGGCGGGGCCCACCAGAGUGCGAAAGAGGAAAGGGCUGCGCGGCGCGUUGCGAUGGGGAAGCCGGCGGAGUCGCGGUUUGAGGGUUUUGUCACGAGGGUUUUUACGAGACAGAGCAGAAAGGAGGCUGAUGUGGAAGAGGGGAAAGAAGAAGAUGACGAGAGGAGUACGACUGAGAUACGGGGAAAGAGCAUCGUUGAGGAAGCUGCCAUCUAUCAGCAGAAGGAAGCCGCGGCGGCGGCAGCGGCUGCAGCAUCGGAUAGUCUUUUCUUACGAGAGUGCGGUAUGGUUAGGGUCGAGACGAAUGUGCCGGGUGGUUGUAUUAUUGUUCCGAGGAAUUUUGUCUACCGCGAGGAUUUUACGUACAGGGAGGAUCGGGAUGCUGGGUGGAUAUAA